AAAAACUGCAAAUAAACAUGAGAUUAAUACCAGGCGUUUGUGUAAUAGUGUGUAUCUUCGGCAGAACCUGUUCCCAGAGUUGGCGCAGCGAGGCCUUAGAAAGUAUGGCCCCAGGAGACGAGAACCAGGCCACAGAAGGUAUAGCCCUGGAAGACGAGAACCAGGCCACAAAAGGUAUGGCCCUGGAAGACGAGAACCAGGACACAAAAGGUAUGGCCCUGGAAGACGAGAACCAGGCCACAGAAGGUAUGGCCCUGGAAGACGAGAACCAGGACACAAAAGGUAUGGCCCUGGAAGACGAGAACCAGGCCACAGAAGGUAUGGCCCUGGAAGACGAGAACCAGGCCACAGAAGGUAUGGCCCUGGAAGACGAGAACCAGGCCACAGAAGGUAUGGCCCUGGAAGACGAGAACCAGGCCACAGAAGGUAUGGCCCUGGAAGACGAGAACCAGGCCACAGAAGGUAUGGCCCUGGAAGACACGACCACAGGCGGCACUUCCCUGCCCUCCUGCGGCUCCCACAGGACGUGCGAAAUCGAGGGGAGUUACGGCGAGCCGGAGAACGAAGUCCAUUUGAUUAUCUUCAACACAUCGGACAAUAACAUCGGGGUCAAGUACACUUCCUGGAACACGGUGCUCAUAGGCAAAACGCCAAGGCCCCCGGUACGCAACAACAGCGCCGGCAGGAUCAACAUACUGGAGGUGCUCUUGACGAAUAACAAAAGCGACAACUGCCUGCAGGUGGUGUUGGUGUGUCAGAACGACAAGCUGUGGGUGCUGGAGAUGCCUCCUGUUGCAGGGAGCUUCCCGGCGGUGCUCUACUACCUCACCCCGUCCAAAGACCAAUUCAAGGAUCCUGGUCGUCCUGACGGGCGAAACAACACUUCCGGUAGCACCCAACAAACUAACCGAACCAGUACCCAACCCAGUACCCGGGGCGGUACCCGAGGCGGUACCCGAGGCAGCACCAGAGGCAGCGCCCAAAGCAGACCCCAGCACAUCCAGGUCAAUAUACGCAUUCCGGACCUCACGGGUGAUGGAUCAGACGAUGAUGAUCGCUACUGGGAGGAAAAUGAGUUGGAGCAAAAUGAGUUGGAGGAUAGUCAACCAAAGGGACCAUCCGACGACGAUUAUCCUCCAGAUAAUGCUCUCUCCGAAGCCAUGAAUGCCUUUAUGGGCCUCGACGAGCCGAAGAAUGAUGCCUCAACUGAGGGAGAUGAGUCGGAUGCUUCAACUGAGGGAGACGAGUUCGAGGAUUAUGCCUCAACUGAGGGAAACAAACCCGCAAAUGAUGCCUCAACUGGGGAAGACGAGCUAGAGAAUGAUGCCUCAACUGGGGGAGACGAGCUCGAGAAUGAUGCCUCAACUGGGGAAGACGAGCUAGAGAAUGAUGCCUCAACUGACGGAGACGAGCUCGAGAAUGAUACCUCAACUGGGGGAGACGAGCUAGAGAAUGAUGCCUCGACUGACGGAGACGAGCUAGAGAAUGAUGCCUCGACUGACAGAGACGAGCUCGAGAAUGAUGCCUCAACUGACGGAGACGAGCUCGAGAAUGAUACCUCAACUGGGGGAGACGAGCUAGAGAAUGAUGCCUCGACUGACGGAGACGAGCUAGAGAAUGAUGCCUCGACUGACGGAGACGAGCUAGAGAAUGAUGCCUCAACUGGGGAAGACGAGCUCAAGAAUGAUGCCUCAACUGGGGGAGACGAGCUCGAGGAUGAUGCCCCAUCGAAGGAGACGAGUUCGACUAUGAAUUAAAAAUAUAAUGCGACUUCGAAGGUUAUACCUAUACGAAAGGAGACGAGCCCGAAGAGGAAAUCUGGACGGAGGACACGCGUUCGAGGACGCGUUCGAGGACGAGUUCGAGGAUGAGUUCGAAGAUGACUCGAGUCAUCCUCGUUGUGGUUUAACAGUUUUCUCUCUCUCUUUUUUUU